AUGAUCCAUCCCUUUAGCAGAGUAUGUCGGUUUAUCCGCAAGGUGUGCGAUCCUCUGUUGAUCGCGUGGGAACGCGUUCAAGUCAGUCGCCAUGGCGUUUAUACGAGUCGGCGAGCGCGAGCACUCGAACGCUACGUGCACUCGAAAUCUCUCGUGCGUGUACUAGCCGUUUGCUUGUUGACACCGUUGCCAGUCCUUGCGUUUGUGCUGGUGCAAGAGCUGGUGCCGCUCGAGCCGCCCGCUGCUGGAUGGAGAGCGAACUACCGCUGGCUUAUUCGAUCUGCUGUCAUUUUCAUGGUCCUCACCCUCAGCUACAUCCAGCAAGGCGUGAUCUUCCUCGCCCCUCUCAAAGUCUCGUCGUGGCAGGCGUUAGCCAUCACGCUCUUCACGACGGGGGCGUAUUUUGGCGUGCUCGUGGGCAUUAGCGCUGCCUGGGUGUUCCCAAUCCCGUUUGCAAGUGUACUCACCAUGGGCAUCUUCACUUGCCUUUUCUUCGGCUUUUUCGUGGCUGUCAUCGGGUGGGAAGCAAUCGCAAGCACGCCGCGGUUAUCCGCGCACGCGCGAAUAUUGAAGAGUGUGUUGGUGGUGGAGACGAUUCUG